AUGUCUGGAUCCAGCGAAACCAAGACGGCACUCAUCCUAGGCGCGUCGCGCGGCAUCGGCCGUGCCCUCGCCCUCGACCUCAAGGAGCGCGGCUGGAACGUCAUUGGCUCGGUCCGCAAGCUCACCGAGAUCCCCGGCGUCCGCAUAAUCCAGCUCGACCUCAACGACGAAAAGAGCAUCCAGGCCGCCUCUGCUGACUUCCCGCCCAUCGACCUGCUCGUCGUGAGUGGUGCGAUUGCCGGCACCGAGAACCUGCUCGAGACGUCGUCGGAGCACCUGCACCACUACCUCGACACCAACGUCGUCGGCCCGCACCGCGCCGUCCAGGCCUUCCUCCCCGCGCUCCGACGCGGCAACAAGAAGCAGAUUGUGCUCAUCUCGAGCAUGCUCGGCAGCAACGAAAUCAUGUUCGGACGCGACAUGGAGCUCUUCUCAGGUCCCUACUCGAUCACCAAGGCCGCUCUGAACAUGAUGGCCGUCCUGCUGCACAACUACCUGCAGAAAGAUGGUUUCACCGUCAUUCCCAUCCACCCCGGCUGGGUCGACACGGACCUCGGCAAGCUCGCCGGCCCCGGUGCCAUGCCCAUCAGCGAGAGCGUCGGCGGCAUCGCGGGCGUGAUUGAGGACCUGACGCCCGAGAAGAGCGCCAAGUUUGUCAACUGGAAGGGCGAGCCCAUGCCGUGGUGA